CAAAACAAGUGUUCUAUCAUCUCUGCUCCCUUAUCUCUCUCCCUCCCUCGUUCCCUCCACGCGGCCGCGCCCAUGGCGAUCGAAGCCGCGCGCCUCUCCCCUUCACUCGCCGCCGCCGCCUUCCUCGGCCGCCGGGCUCUCCCAGCUACCCAUUUCACCCGCCGCCUACCGCUCCUCCUCCUUUCCCGCGCCAGCGCUUCCUCCUCCGGCGGGGACGGCCGCGCCGUUGCCCUCCCCUCUUCGGAGCUCCGCAAGCGCCGCAGCUCGGCAUCCGCCACCGGAGAGGACAGUAAGCUGGGAGCGAUCCGCCGGCUCUUCGUGCGGCCGGACAUCGCUAUCGACGCCUACAUCGUCCCCUCGCAGGACGCCCACCAGAGUGAAUUCAUUGCGGAAUGCUUCAUGAGACGUACCUACCUGACUGGGUUUACUGGUAGUGCUGGUACAGCUGUGGUCACCAAAAAUAAUGCUGCGUUUUGGACCGAUGGCCGGUAUUUUCUCCAGGCCGAGAAGGAAUUGAGCCAUGAGUGGACACUCAUGCGGAGUGGAAAUCAUGGUGUUCCAACCACUAUUGAGUGGUUGAAUGAUGUCUUACCAUCUGGUUGCCGAAUUGGUAUUGACCCGUUUCUUUUCUCAUUUGACGCUGCUGAGGAAUUGAAGGAUGCUAUUGCCAACAAGAAUCAUGAGUUAAUUAUGAUUAGUGAUUUUAACCUUGUUGAUGAGAUAUGGGGAGAAUCAAGGCCAGAGCCCCCAAAAGAACCUGUUAGGGUGCAUGACAUCAAAUAUGCUGGUAUUGAUGUGCCAUCAAAAUUGUCUUAUGUUAGAUCAGAGCUUGCUGAAAAUGGGUGCGAAUCUGUGGUUAUUUCAAUGCUUGAUGAAAUUGCCUGGUUGUUGAACAUGAGAGGAAGUGACGUUCCACAUUCACCUGUGUUCUAUAGUUACUUGAUUGUGGAGAUGAGCACUGCUACCUUAUUCGUAGAUAGAAACAAAGUAUCUGAAGAUGUUCUGGAGCACCUCGAGAAGGCUGGAGUAACACUAAAACCAUACAAUGCAAUUUUAUCCUCUGUAGAAAGAUUGGCAGAGAAGGGUGCAAAGCUGUGGUUGGAUUCUUCAAGUGUGAAUGCCGCCAUAGCUAGUGUAUUUAGAUCUAGUUGUGACAGAUACAGGAAAAAGACAGGAAAGACAGGGAGACAAAUAGGAAAAGACACAUCUUCAGAUGAGCUAACCUCCAAAAGCCAUGUUCAGAAUGGUGCAUUAAAUGGUCUGUACAAAGUUUCACCAGUGACCCUUGCCAAAUCUAUUAAAAAUAAUGCAGAAAUCAGAGGAAUGAAGAACUCGCACCUAAGAGAUGCUGCCGCUUUAGCAGAAUUCUGGUGCUGGCUAGAGGAGGAAGUUCGUAAAACUGUGGCUCUUACAGAAGUUCAAGUUGCAGAAAAGCUUCUUGAAUUUCGGCAAAAGCAAGAUGGCUUUAUAGAGACAAGCUUUGACACUAUAAGUGGUUAUGGUGCAAAUGGUGCUAUAAUACACUACAGACCAACUCCAGAUAGCUGCAGCUCUGUUGGAAGCGACAAUCUCUUUUUGUUAGAUAGUGGUGCUCAAUAUAUUGAUGGAACGACUGACAUAACAAGGACAGUUCAUUUUGGUGAGCCUUCCCAGAGGCAGAAGGAAUGCUUCACCAGGGUUUUGCAGGGCCAUAUAGCUCUCGACCAGGCAGUAUUUCCAGAGAGAACUCCUGGCUUUGUGCUAGAUGUUCUGGCACGCUCGUCUCUCUGGAAAAUUGGACUUGAUUAUAGACAUGGCACAGGUCAUGGAGUUGGAGCUGCACUUAAUGUCCACGAGGGCCCACAGAGCAUAAGCUAUCGAUAUGGAAAUUUGACAGCUUUACAAAAAGGCAUGAUUGUCAGCAAUGAACCUGGUUAUUAUGAAGACAAUUCAUUUGGCAUCCGAAUAGAGAAUCUAGUUCUGGUGAAGGAGGUUAAUUUAGCAAAUUCUUUUGGUGGCAUUUCAUACCUUGGGUUUGAGAAACUCACUUUUGUUCCAAUUCAGAGCAAUCUUAUUGACUUAUCCUUGCUAUCCCCUUCGGAGAUCAAUUGGGUCAAUGAAUACCAUGAACAAGUCUGGGAAAAGGUUUCUCCUAUGUUGAGUGGUGAUCCUCGUGACUGGCUGUGGAAGAACACAAGACCUCUUUAGACAUGCAAAAUGGCGCGACAUGACAAUAGCUACAAAAGGUAGGGAGUCAGUAGAUAUUCACUGCGUGGAAAAGAUGGUGGCAGGGUCAUUUGUUGAACGUGAUUUAUAUGAUACCCGGUCAGUUUAGCGCAAUAUUCAAAGGGGUGAAACGUUUUGCAUGUGUUGCCAUUUGUUAAUGAUUAGCACGACAAUUCAAUUGUCCACCAUGAGUCCAUGACGAUUCAAUUGUUUCCUGGGAUCUUAAUUCCUCUAUGGUGCGGGUAAUAGAUGGUUGGUUGUACAAACUCAUGCGGAAUAUUUUGUAUGAUGACAUUUUUUAGAAAUAUAUGUAAAUUGCACAGGGUUGUUUCCGGGAUUCC